AUGUGUAGUCGUGUAGUCAAUGGAAAGAUAAGGCGAUCAUCCUAUCAUGAUGUUGUGAGGGUUUCAGAGAUUGAGGACAUCCUUGAUAUUAGCGAUGUGCAAACUUAUGUAAUCAAUAGUGCAAGGGUCGUAUUCUUGAAUGAGCGCCCACAACUGCAUGCUUCUGGUGUCCCCAUUUGUAAGGCACCUUCACAUCAACACAUAGCUGUGAGACAUGCAAUCGUGCUCUACUUGAUGUAUUUUGCUUCUGCUCUCUUGGAUGCAAUCCCUCAAUCCAAUGGUAAGGAUCAUGUGACUAGGAUCGAUGAUGUUGGUUCAAGUACUACAAGUGACAAAGACAGCUGCAAUGACAAGAAUAACGAAGAACCACCACCAAAAAGGGUUGCUCGCCACCGACGCAAGGGAAUUCCCCAACGAGUUGACGCACCCAAGGAGGUGACUCUCAAGACCAACUUUGACUUUGUUCCCAAUGACCAAGCCCAUUGUCCAACCCCAGUGUAUGAUUUGGCAACUGGUGACAGUAUUUCUAUCUAG